UGUGUGAUGUGUUUUCGCUAACUUGUCAGCUAUCCGCUGUGCGCGUGUGACCUGCUGUGUCCUCCAACACUUGAGCUCUGACAGCCAGUCAUCUAAGGGCAAGAGCAUCAAAAUCAUGGUUUUCGAGGAGAAGAUGAUCAUGAACGGAGAGCCCGAGGAUGAGGAGGAAGAGGAGGAAGAAGAGGAAGAAAUGGUGGAUCCGCUUGACACGAUGCGACAGAAGUGUGAAGAGGCGGAGCACUGCGUUCACACUCGGGAGCGUCUGGAGCAGUGUGAGGCCAGAGUUGGCUCUCGGUCUUCGACGGAGGAGGAUUGUACUGAGGAGCUGUUUGACUUCCUGCAUGCUCGGGACCACUGUGUGUCACACAAACUGUUCCAUUCGGUCAAAUGAAGUCCUCCCUGAUUGUUGCACCACGGGCUGAUGCCAUUCUUCAGAUAUUGUUUUAAGAGGAGAACAUGCUUUUAAAUACAUCCAUAUGUGGAUCUGCUGUAUGUUGUAACUUUAAAUGUAUACUAUACUGUAUCUGCUAAUGUGAAGAAACUUAAGUAUUUAACAAGGUAGUCUGAGUCAGCAUUUCAUUAAAGUGGAAGGGUUGAAAACCUUA